AUGUCCCCUUCAGACCGGCAGCUGGUUGACAUUUUGACUUUUUUAAAUGAUGAUUUCGAAAAGUUGUAUCUUGUUGCUGGGCAUUUUGGCAGAUUUUUUUCGGCGAUGCGGUACUAUUUGUGGAUGGGUCUGUUUUAUUGCUUCUCGUUGUUUGCUUGUGGCAAAAUUUGUUGUAAUCUUUCUCCAGAUUCUGUCCGCGUUGUAUGUGGCCAGAAGUGGGGUGACAUACGGUUUGCCUUUGUCCAUGCUUUCGUGUGCACUUGCCAGCUGGUACAGCAUAUGUCAUUUGAGACAGUCUUGUCGUGUCCUGUUCUUCUCCGGUGCUCUGACGCGGUGGCUGUGUCCGACAUGAGCUCGAUUCCGCGUUGA